UUGAUCGGAAAUCUAGAUUUUUCGCUGUGCUUCUCAAAAUACCGAUUAUUCCUCGAUAUUCUACGAACAUAAGGGCGAUGAGUUCCUUGAUGGUUCCUCCCGCCUCUGUGCGAGGCAUGACUCGUCUCGAUCGUGAUUCUUUUACAAAAACGAUUCUCGUACCUUGUUUCAAAUUGGGCCCAACAAAGCUUUCCGAAGUAACACCAACUCUGAAGAAAUAUAUACUGAAACUUAAAAAUCUAAAACCCAUCCAAACGAAAGAAAAUCAAACGAUCGUUUAUUUGGAUCCGAAAAAAAUUGUGAGCAUGGACGACAUCGACCCUGCAGACGUUGAAAUUUUGAGGAAAUAUGUGAAGGACAUAGAGCAAUUGGAAUUGACCUUGAAAUACGAGAAUUGGCAAUCAGACGAUAUUUUCAGAGCAGUUCUGCCUGAAAACAUAGAAAUUCCAACAUCUUUCAGUAAGAUAGGACACAUAGUUCACUUGAAUCUCAGAGACUCCCAACUCCCAUACAAAAAUCUCAUUGGAGAAGUUCUUCUGGAUAAUGUUCCUCAAGCUCGUUCAGUCGUCAACAAAUUAAAUGUCAUAGACACAACUUACAGACACUUUUCCAUGGAGAUUUUAGCUGGUGAAAAUGACACAGUAGCUACAGUCAAAGAAAAUGGUUUCACAUAUAAAUUUGAUUUUGCAAAGGUAUAUUGGAAUCCUAGACUGUCUACCGAACAUGCUAAACUUCUGACUCUCAUGAAAAAGGGUGACGUUCUCUAUGAUGUAUUUGCCGGGGUAGGGCCAUUUGCAGUUCCUGCUGCUCGCAAAGGUAUUAAAGUUCUGGCCAACGAUUUGAAUCCUGAAUCUUACAAAUGGCUCAAACAUAACGCAGGGAGUAACAAGGUUCAGAAUUUUCAAGCAUACAACAAAGAUGGUAGAGAUUUCCUACUUGAAGAGGUGAAAACUGAUAUUUUGGAAAGAAUUAAUGAAAAAUUAUGUGGCAUGCAACAUAUUGCUAUGAAUUUGCCUGCUUUGGCUGUUGAGUUUCUUGAUAUUCUUCGAGGCUGGUUUAAUGAUGACGAUACAAAAAAAGUGUGUGAAAAUCCACCCAUAGUCCAUCUCUAUUGCUUCGUUAAAACUGACAAAGGUGAUGAUCCAUCGAGCCUCGCUAAACUCCUCGUUGAGGAAAAAAUUGGUUGUUCACUCAGCAACGAAGCUCUAAAAGUCAUUCAUCACGUUAGGAAUGUUUCGCCUAAUAAAGAAAUGAUGAGGGUUUCAUUCGCAGUAAUGGAGAAUAUGAUCAGAGAGGAGGAACCAUCAAGGAAGCGGCCAAAGAUUGAUACUUCUGAAAAAUUUAUUGACAAUAAUAUUGCAGGCUGUAAUGGGAAAGAACAAGAAAAAUGUAAAGACGAAAAAUGUAUUUAAAGUUUCUUCACGACGUUCUGCAACGACGUCCUCUAAAGGGCCUACUAAAACAAAAACUGUGCCUAUGAAAAAGACGGUCCAAGAAACUGUGUCCAAGAAGAAUAAGGAGAAGAUUAAACGAAUCGAUCAACAAUUGCAAUCUCUUCGCCCGUUGGUUAACGCGAAAGGUCCCGUUAUUGAAUCAAAACCGGUAAUAAAAGUUAACAAAUUGUCUGAGAGGCUCAUUCGACCAAAUGUGAAAACGGACGCUGCCAUGGAUUUAGUGAAACAUCUAAAAAUUUGAGAAAAUCGGCGUAUGUCUUUGAAUUACGUUAAGUCAAUGUAAUAUUUGUAUAUAAGUCAAAACUUUGGAACUGUUGAAGAGCUUGUACAGAUAGCAAAGAAGACUUUGCUAAUGGAGAACGAAAAUAUAACAUUAUUUUGAUUUUA